UUUUUUUUUGCUUUAUGGGAAAAUACAACAUUGGUCAUCACUUUUUUAUCUUUACUUCAUGACAUUGGAUACCAUAUCAAUAAUGAACCCAGUUGUUGUCCUUCCUACAUCAAAAAACCAUACUUCCACUAUCAUUUGGUUACAUGGCUUGGGUGACUCUGGAUUGGGUUGGUAUUUCCUAGUUGAACAAUUGGCACCUUUAUUCCCUACUCUGAAAUGGAUACUUCCUAAUGCACCUUUAAGAUCAGUUUCUUUCAAUGAUGAUGCUACCAUUCCUGCUUGGUUCAAUGUCGCUAGUUUUGACAAGACUUCUCAUUUGGCUCAAGUGGACGAAAAAGGGAUGUUAGAAUCUGUUGCAUACGUAAAUAGCUUGAUUGAAUCAGAAGCAAACAAUGGUAUAAGGAACAUCAUUUUAGGCGGGUUUUCUCAAGGAUGUGUUAUGACUUUGUUAACUGGAUUGACUAUAGAAACUCCUUUGUCUGCCAUUAUUGGUGUAAGUGGAUGGUUGCCACUAGGUGAAAAAUUCAUCAAGAUGGCAUCAAAAACCAACAAGCAAACACCAAUACUCAUGUGUCAUGGUGAUGAUGACCCCGUGGUGAAAUACAAAUAUGGUCGCAGUUCAGCUCGAUAUUUGAAGAAGAUUGGUUAUAAUAUUGAAUUCAAAACGUACGAAGGAUUGGGACAUACUACCUCAGAUCAAGAAAUUCAAGAUAUAACGGCCUUUAUACAACAACACUUGACAACAACCACUUCUUCCAAAUUGUAGUCUAUUAGAUAGUAGUAAUUUAGAAAAUAAUUGAUAUAUAGUUGGUUUUGAUGUCUAAUUAUACACGUAUUUGGAUUGAUUGACUAUUUUUAUUGAAAUGACAUCUUUUGAUAAAUAUAUAUUAAAUCAUGAAUACAUUUGACUUUUU